AUGGCGGAAGGCAAUGACAAGAGCUCCAACCCUAUGCGUGAGCUGCGCAUUGACAAGCUGGUCUUGAACAUCUCGGUCGGCGAGUCUGGUGAUAGACUGACCCGUGCUGCGAAAGUGUUGGAACAAUUGAGUGGUCAAACUCCUGUCUACAGCAAAGCCCGCUACACCGUCCGCUCCUUCGGUAUCCGACGUAACGAGAAGAUUGCCGUACACGUCACCGUCCGUGGUCCCAAAGCUGAAGAGAUUCUCGAGCGCGGUCUGAAGGUCAAGGAGUACGAGUUGCGAAAGAAGAACUUCAGCGAGACUGGCAACUUCGGUUUCGGCAUCUCAGAGCACAUCGAUUUGGGCAUCAAGUAUGAUCCUGCGAUCGGUAUCUAUGGAAUGGAUUUCUACUGCUGCAUGACUCGGCCAGGUGCACGCGUUGCGAGACGGAGACGGACAAAGUCUGCUGUCGGUCGGUCACACAAGGUCGGCAAGGAUGACAGUGUCAAAUGGUUCAAGAAUCGAUUCGAGGGUAUCGUCCGCUAA